GUACAAUGUGAAUAGGUAAAGUUGGUGAGGGGUUUUCUGCAACUGAAGUGUCUGCCCGCACUGCUCCGCUUUUCAGUUCAUUCGUCUCCGGUGCUUUCGGAGGCAUUGGUCACGAUUGCUCCUUUUGAAAACGUCGACAAUUUGUAAUUGAAAUAUAAACUUUGUGAAAUAUAAACGGUGUGACUACAUGUCACUUGCUUGUUAUACGUUGACGGCACAAAUCUUGAUUUGUUUGAAGAGAAACACUUCAGCCGUUCGAAGACGCACCGACAGUGGUGGGGAAUCAGAAUGUAGCCAGCUGUUUAGCCAGUAGCAUGCUUUCCCAACUUGAGCCAGAUGUGGAGCAAGGCUUUGAAGCUGGAAAAUAAAAAUAACCAACGUGCGAGUAUUUUGGGACAGAGUUUCUAUCCACCCAGCAGGCAAUCCCGCGUUUUUUAAAAAAACAUUUAAAUAGCUAGUUGUUCGAAUAUAGCAAUUGAUUGAAUCAACUUGAUGGUAAGAAGACAUUUGGUUGUAAGUGGGACUUUGUUGAAAACCAAAAUAUGACAUUAAAUCGGAGUUCCUCAAUCAUAUUUGUUAAAGCCAAGUUGACUUUUGGACAAGGUAUCUGGGCAUUGAAGUUCCCCAAUUGACUGACAUCCAGAACUGAAAUAGACAGCGGGCACUUGGCCCCCAGACAACAGCUCCUUUCAUCCCUCUCUGACUCCCCACAGCCUGCCCUCCAGUUGGGCACCAGCCCGUCAGUCCUGCCCUUGUUCCAUAGGGGAAUGCUGUAGCCCAGCUGGGCCACACCCCGCUUAAUUAUGACGGCAGUGUGUGAGAAGUGAGGAGGAGGGAGGUUCCUCUCUCUCUCUCUGUCGCCCAGACUCCCAUCACAAUGAGCUGGAGCUUCCUGACACGCCUGCUGGAGGAAAUCCACAACCACUCUACCUUCGUGGGCAAGAUCUGGCUUACCGUGCUCAUCGUCUUUCGCAUCGUCCUUACCGCCGUGGGCGGCGAGUCCAUCUACUACGAUGAACAGAGCAAGUUCGUGUGCAACUCAGGCCAGCCGGGCUGCGAGAACGUCUGCUAUGAUGCAUUCGCACCGCUCUCACACGUCCGCUUCUGGGUCUUUCAGAUCAUACUGGUGGCCACGCCGUCGCUCAUGUACCUGGGCUACGCCGUCAACAAGAUUGCCAGGCGUGAGGAGAGAGCUGAGGGUGGAGGAGGAGGACUGUCCCAGCGCAAGCCUAGGAAGCUCUACCUCGGGGCCAGAAGGCAACACCGGGGCAUGGAGGAGGCCGAGGAUGACCAGGAGGAGGACCCCAUGAUCUAUGAGGUUCCCGAGGUUGAGAGCGAGACGGGGGCAGGCGACGGGGGAGGAGGCAAGGGUGGCGGAGGAGCUGGAGGCGGCGGCUGCCAGGGUAAAGGCAAGGUGCGCCAUGACGGACGCCAGCGCAUCAAGGAGGACGGGCUGAUGCGUAUCUACGUGCUGCAGCUGCUGGCGCGUUCCAUGCUAGAGGUGGCCUUUCUGGGGGGGCAGUACGCCCUCUACGGCCUGGCGGUGCCCUCCAUCUACGUGUGCUCGGGCCGGCCGUGCCCGCACAGUGUGGACUGCUUUGUGUCACGCCCCACCGAGAAGACCAUCUUCCUGCUCAUCAUGUAUGCCGUGUCGCUGCUCUGCUUGGCGCUCAACGUGUGGGAGAUGCUCCACCUAGGCGUUGGCACCAUCUGUGACAUCCUGCGCUCCCGUCGGAGACCGCUCUCCGAGGAGGACCUGUAUGGCCUUGGGGGUGGCGGCGGUCCCGGGGGGCCGCCCACGUUCCGCGACGGAGGAGUAGUGGGGGGCGAUGGUUACAGCAGCUACCCCUACUCCUGGAAUGCCCCGUCAGCGCCGCCGGGCUACAACAUCGCCGUCAAGCCCCCAACACUGAUGGUGCCGACUGUGGCGCCCGAUGGGCAGCUGCCCUUCACCGACCUCAGCAACGCCAAGAUGGCGUGCCGACAGAACCGCGCCAACAUCGCCCAGGAGGAGAGGCGGCAGUACGCCAGCAAUGAGGAUAACUUCCCAUCGUCGGGUGGCGUGAGGGACGCUCGUGGCGCCCUCCAAAGGGAGAUUCGGCAGGCGCAGGACCGGUUGGAGUCGGCCAUCCAGGCCUACAGCCAUGAACAGGGCCACAACAACCCCAGCAAGCCCCACCGUGAUCGCAAGCACCGGCAAGCCUCCAAGCACACCUCCAGCAAAGCCGAAAGGGGAAACAGCAGCAAUAGCAGCAGCAAGUCGGGUGACGGCAAGGGCUCCGAGUGGAUUUGACAUCUACAAUAGAUAAUUCUAAGCGGACUUAGUAUAUGCAGCGUUAUCUUCUAUAACAAAUUAUGAUAUAGGAGUUAUUGCUCCGUUACUGAGUAUAUAGCUCCUACAGACACAACUGACGCUAGUGCCCCCUGGAGACAGGCUGAAAUUAGUUUGUAACUUGAAGUUUGUAACAUCACUAAAUGCAAAUGAGGUAAUCAAUGUCAGCUGUAUCUGAUGUUACAACUGUCAGCUGUACGUUGUUAUGUUUUAUAAGUAAUUCUACGUUCAAAAGAAGGAGCAAUAUGCGAAAAGACACAGUAAUUGAGAGUCCAUUUAUUUUCUUUUUAAAUGUGUAUCGGUAUAAAUAUGCCAUAUGUCGGUGCUAUGACUUUAUCUUUGCUUCCACAAAGAAAUGGGAGACUUCUAAGCUGCAUUCUUAGAAGAACAAUCUGAAGUGCCUUCUUAUUACUCCAAGAAUAAUAUUGUGCGAGUAAAAAGUGUGCUUUCUUUGCCAAACUGCUCACAAGACGGACGCUUGUAUGUGAAAUGUUUCCAUAGUAAAGAGAUGUUUGUGGGUCACGACUGGUACCAAGAAGAGUCAGAGGUUUUCUCUGUCUUUCUAUCCACCUGUCUCUUUAAUGGCUCUUGAGCUUCAUCUGGUGGUCAAAACCGUGAACAGUGCAGACAUGUUCUUAGCCUACAGUGUAGGCCUGCCCACACCAUAUAUUUUACUAUGCGUUACUGCUUAAGAUAUGCUGUUUGAAAUGUUUUUUUUUAUUUGGUUUUCAGUGUUGAGUGUUCCAGGACAAGACAUUGAGAGAACCCUUUAACCGUUGAAAGACCAGUCAGUAUUUUACGAGGAACUAUUUAAUUGUUGCUCCAUUGUAUGUGUGAGGAAUACUAUUGCCAUACUAUAGAGAGCAUACAGAGAAGGGAGAACAUUUGACAACAAUUGUUUAUAUUUUCAUAAUGUGUACAAAAUUGUUGUUCUGUUUUUAUUGUGUUUGGUGAGAGACAAUUAAGCAGCACUUUGAUUGGUUCAGUUACUGUAUGUUUUUAUAUUAAUGUUCUUUCAUUUCCUCCGUUGAUGACAAUGUUCCACAGAAGAAGAAAUACAAUCUAUGUUCAGUGUUGCUGAAGUUGUAUGGAAGGGCUGCUUCAAUGUAUUGAUUCAAGGGACAUUACACACUCCAAAAUCAAAAGUUUGUCAGAUGAUAAAAUUGUUAAUUUGAUGUCCUCGUCCCAGGCCCAUCUGUUUUUGUUGAUGUACAGUAGCUAUUUGCCACAAUCCCAAAAAAACAUUUCCAGAUUUGCGGUGCUUAUCUUUUCCAUUUAUUUUGGGCAUGGAAUGUUUACUCAUCUUGACAUUAGGCUGCUUUUGUAGUUUGAAAACAUCUCUAUUUGUUUUAUUAUUUUGUAGUGGAAUGUCCCUUUAAUAUGUUUUUACAUUGACGUCUGGUCAUGGUGUGUCAUCUAGUCAGCCUAGUUUCCCUACUAUCGAUGGUUUGUGUUCGCCUGAUGUUCUGGUACAUCUCCAACCAGAGACAGUUGGUAUUUUGGGGGUGAAUGGGGUGUGAGAAACAACUAUCAUUUGUAGUGACAUCCAUUUUGAGUGUGUGUGUCAAAACAUACCACUUACAUGUGGGUGGGAAAUAAGAGAAGGACACCUGUCUUGGCUACUUAAAAAAAAAAAAAUGCUAUAUGUAUAUUUUAUUUGCCUUUUUUCCUCAUUCAAAUGUUAAAGUGGAAAGCUGAGAGCCCUUGCACUGUGCCAAUAUUUCCAUUUUGGGAAAUAUUUUGUGCAAAAAAAGAAAAGUGCAUGUUCUGAAUCAUUUUUAUAAAGGGAGUAUGAAUAAACACAAAGUUUCAAAUGUUUAA